CGCGGCCCCGCGCUCCGGUCUCUCCGAGAGUUUGCCUAGGAGCGCCGGCAAGUUUCCUGCCGCAGCCCCGCUCCUGGAAAGCAGUACCUGGAGGCGCCCGGGCUCCCCUCCGCGCGCCGCGCGCCGCUCGCCAGUUUACUUUGUGGAAUGAAUGCUUAAGAGAACAAGGAAAGGAUUGAGAGAAUACGAGAGGCCAUGAUGUGCUCUUCUGAAAUGAGAACUGCAGUGCUCUGAAAUGGUCAUGAACCCCAAACAAGUGUUCCUGUCUGUGCUGAUAUUUGGGGUAGCCGGGCUACUCCUCUUCAUGUACUUGCAAGUCUGGAUUGAAGAACAGCAUACAGGGAGAAUGGAGAAGAAAAGUGAACAAAAAGCGACUCCAGGAUGGGGGCCGGUGAAUUACUGGCGGCCUGGACCCAGAAUCAUGACUAGAGAAAAAAUCCAGGAACAAAUCAUCAACCAGAAUCCUAGGUUCCACAUGUCUGAGGAUCCAAAGGAAAAAAAGGAAAGACUUCUAGUCAACUCUAAGAGUCCUGCUGGGGUGUUAACUAAAACCAGCCACUCACAAGGAGAGGACGAGGCUUUGAGUAAGACUACAGGGUCACUGACAACUAAGUUGAUUGAACAACAUCAAGGAACGAAGACCCUUUUCAAGAAGUUCAGCGAAAUGAGUUGGCCAUUGGACAUUCACCCUUUAAACAAAAGUUUACUCAAAGACAACAAAUGGAAGAAAACUGAUGCAACCCAAGAAAAACGCAGGUCUUUCCUUCAGGAGUUUUGCAGAAAAUAUGGUGGGGCGAAUCGUCUUCAAUCUUUUCAUAUGGUAUCCAGAAUCUAUGUAGAAGAUAAACACAAAAUCUUAUAUUGUGAGGUACCAAAAGCUGGCUGUUCCAACUGGAAAAGAAUCCUGAUGGUACUAAAUGGAUUGGCUUCCUCUGCAUACAACAUCUCCCAUGAUGCUGUCCACUAUGGGAAGCAUCUGAAAACACUAGAUAGCUUUGACUUAAAGGGGAUAUACACUCGUUUAAAUACGUACACCAAAGCUGUGUUUGUUCGUGAUCCUAUGGAAAGAUUAGUGUCAGCAUUUAGGGACAAAUUUGAACACCCCAAUAGUUACUACCAUCCAGUAUUUGGAAAGGCAAUUAUAAAGAAAUAUCGGCCAAAUGCCUGUGAAGAAUUAAAUAAUGGAUCCGGAGUCAAAUUCAAAGAGUUCAUCUAUUAUUUGCUGGAUUCCCACCGUCCAGUAGGAAUGGACAUUCACUGGGAAAAGGUCAGCAAACUCUGCUAUCCAUGUUUGAUCAAUUAUGAUUUUGUAGGGAAAUUUGAAACUUUGGAAGAAGAUACCAAUUACUUUUUACAACUGAUUGGUGCUCCGAAAGAGCUGAAAUUUCCAAACUUCAAGGACAGACACUCUUCAGAUGAAAGAACCAAUGCUCAAGUCGUGAGACAGUACUUAAAGAAUCUGACCAGAACUGAGAGACAGUUAAUCUAUGAUUUUUAUUACUUGGACUACUUGAUGUUUAAUUACACAACACCAUUUUUGUAAUUUGCAUUCAUUUUCUA